AUGUCGCAUCUGAUAAAAUCUUUAAUAGUUCUCAUCAUACCGUUACUAGUCGAAUCGAGUACAGUAUACAGAAUUUUCGGCGAAUAUGGUGGAAAUUCUGGAAGUAGUCCUCUUAUUCGACAAUUUUUGGGAACCGAUUACAAUUCUCAAACGAUGACGAUAGGCGAUAGCGAUGUUACAUUCUAUUUUCCGAACGGAAACACCCAGCAUUCUCACUAUCAUCACUCAAUAUCAGACCCAAAUUGUAUAUACCAUUACAUAAUUCCUGAUUAUAAACCGUACAUCCCUCAUCGCAGACCUGUACAUAAACCUCAACAUAAACCAGAACAUAAACCUGAACAUAGACCCGAACAUAAACCAGAACAUAAACCAGAACAUAAACCAGAACAUAAACCAGAACAUAAACCAGAACACAAACCAGAACAUAAACCUGAACACAAACCUGAACACAAACCCGAACAUAAACCAGAACAUAAACCAGAACACAAACCUGAACACAAACCCGAACAUAAACCUGAACAUCACAAAGAACACACAAUAAUAACCGAAGAAACUCAUGUGGUAGAUUCUCACCCUGGUCAUUACCAAAUUUCGUUCCGUCCUGAAACCCAUUUGAUCACUGAAACUGAUCGCAUAGUGGUAUCGAAGCCUGAAGAGCAUGUAACCUAUAAACCUGAAGUACACCUAGGUACUUCUACGCCUGGUGUUAUUACAGCAAAUGUUGUAGUUCAUGCAAACCCCAGUCAUCAUUACAGUGUAACAGAAGAAACUGAUGUACACAAUGUUAAUUUGAAUCAUAAUGAAGAAACUAUAGAAAUUCCCAAGUAUAUUUUCAAACCAGAAGAUCAUAUGAAACGUACAGAGAGCACAGUAAAAUAUACCUACAACACAAACACCAACAAGCCUGAUCUAAAAAUUGGCCACGAAGCACCGUACACUUCCAAAAACUUCUUGGAAUUCGAGCAAAUAAAAACUACUCACGCAGGAUCAGCAGAACCAACAGGAGUAUCAGGAGUGGCGAAUUCCAAGAUUUCCCAGCAACAGUCGGACCAUUCGUUCCUAACUCAAUGGUCGGAGAUGAGCAAGCAUUUCGGGGGUCUGCUUACCGUAGACGAAAAGAGGAGGCUGCUCGGAUCGCUGGUGGAGAAAGUUAGAGAAAAUGUACAUCAUUCCGAUUUGGCGGCUCCCUCGGAAUUGCGAAUGGACCUCGACUCGAGACACGGAAAUAUCCAAUCCACGGAGGAUUCCAAUUUUAACGUUCCGGACGAUGAGGCUUUCAAAGCGAUCGUUUCCAAGCACCAGAACAGCGCCGGCAGUUUGCACGUGGUGAAGGAAUUCGGUAAAAUAAUCCCUCCGCCUGCCAAUAGCGAUGUUUUUGUUGUCAACUUGACUUCUUCCGGAGCAAAUGAGAAUUCUGCAAUUAGAGAAAGAAUCAACAGCGUUAUUAAAAAUUUGAGUGCGUCAGGAGAGAAGAAAACUGAUUCAAACGAUGGGUAUAUUGUGAUCGAAUCCAAGCCGGGUUCGCCUUUUGAAGUGGUGGAAAAAACGGAAUAUCUUAGCAAAAGUAAAAGUAAUCUUCAGCCUAAACCGAUAAUUACUGCACUGAGAAAGAGCGAUAAUGAUAAUCUUGUGGAGUCCAAUGAUGAGGUUAUUGCAGUACCUCUUAGCGUUGAUAGUGCAACGAAUAUACAUCAAACUGUUAAAAAUGUACCUAACAAAACAACUUCAUCUUCUUCAUUCGAUGUUACUGAAGUGACGGAUUUCUUCUCCAAAUUAUUCCAGAACUUUGUGCACUCUAGAAUAUUUAGAAACUAA